AAACGGUACUGGUACCGUACGGUACUCUUGGUUUCUAGCUAGCACAGGUGACCCUUUUGGACAACUCUUUCUUCGGGUCAUAAAUUCCCCACAAAAGGACACAAACACAAAUUACUAAACGAAAACAGACACCAACAACACAACAGAACAGCAACCACCACAACCAACAACAAAGAAGCAAUGAUGGAACAACACCCUGCCACCGCCACCGCCACUGCCCCCACCGAAGCCGAAGUCAUUCCUGAACUGCCGCCCAUGAUUCAGGCUCCCAAUUUCGCAGUGCCGGAAUGGGAUGCCGACAAUGAACCCCUCGGCAUGACAAGACUUCGAAGCGGAGAAUCCUUCUUGGAUGGGGUGCGCCGUGUGGCGGCAUGCAUUGGUGGUGAUUCCCCAGUCUCCAAGGGUUGCAACUCUCUCCUUCCCGGUAUGCGCGUUGCCGAAGACCAGGUUGGUGUCGUUCUGAGCAAUGGCUCGGUCGUCUUGAGACCUCCUGGAGCCUACAGGACCACUUUGUUGAAUCCCUGGAAGACUCAUGGGGCCGUGGUCCCAAUUAGCCGCACAGCGGGAGUGGAAUUCGAUCCUCUCCAGGAGACUGCCAACCGCAAUCCACUGAUUCGCCACAUGGAAUUGGGACAAAGCUACCGCAUGAUUGUCCUUCAAGCCCAGCAAAUCGGGGUCUUUGAAGAUCAGACAGCUACGCACAUGGUCAGUCAAGGAACCUAUGUCUACGACAAUGACACCAUCAUGCGCGGUGUCAUUGACUUGAAUCGCAUGACACCCGUCAUUGUCGAACGGGAGACUGAAGAUACCGUGGCCAGCGUCACGUCUGGCAACAGCACCCAGAUGGUCAAUCAGCACGGCCGCCCCAAGGCAAGCAACCAAGCUCAUGGCACAAUGAUCGAGACAAAGCUGCGGUUCAUUCCAGCAGGCUACGUUUCCACAGUUGCUGGUGUCACCAUUGCCAAGCCCGAGAAAGGAUUUGUGGUGCUCCACAAGGAUGCCAGGAACCGCAUCAGUGUCACGGAAGGAAUCUGCAUGGCUUCUGGCAAUCAAGACUUUUUCAGAAACUCCACAAUUCAAAACAAAGACACCAAAGCAACAAUCGACGAUCUGGAGAUUGAGUUUGGAGAUACGAACCACUACGCAAAAUCUACUCCUAUCCUGGAACUGAAAUCCAAAGACAAUAUCGAUGCGAUCUGCCGGGCUCAGAUCAAAUGGCAACAAGUCCGUCCUGACGUUUGGGUUGCGCAUCGUGGUGCCUUUACCGAUCCAUUUGACAUGUUGGAGGAGAAAUGCGCCAACAUGAUGCGGGAUUGGCUCUUGUCCGUCCCCUACGCUGACGCUCUGGAAGAAAAAUCCAAGGGCUUUACCAAAGUGGAGCACCAAUGGUCGGCGGAACUCAACGAUACGGGCCGUGUCUAUGGCGUCAAAGUGCUGGGGAUUGAAAUUACAACCUUGCGGUUCCCCAGCGUUGACAAGCAGGACGAACAACUGGCGCUGCAACUCGCCGAGACCAAUCUGGCCAUUGAAACGAGCCGUCAGAACGCCACCAAGGAAAAAGAAAUCAGCCGACUGAACCAGGCCACCCACGUUCGCAUGCAGGAGGAUCGUGACAGAGAGGCCGAGGCCGAGGAACGCCAACAGGAAGUGGAACGCCGCAAGAACAAGGCGGAAGCAGAAACCAUCACCAAAAAGGCCGAAAUGGACACCCUUGUCGUGGAAGCCGAAAAGAAUCUUGCUUUGGCACAACAAAACCAGACCAAAGAAGUGGAACUGGCCAAAGCAACCGCGGAGGCAGAAUCAGAUCGCGUCCGUGCACAGGGAAAGCGUGACGCGGCAAGAUUGGCGGCCGAGGGUGAGAUUGCAGAAACCCAAGAGAAGAACAAAGCACAGCUUGAAUUUUUGACGCAGCAGGCCGAGUUGCUGCGGAAAAGUCCGGGAUUGGUGGAACUCUUGAAGAUCCAGAAUGACCUUCUCAAAACGCAAGCUUUGGCUCUUGCGGCUCAAACCAAUCCAAAUGUUGUCCUGCUCACUGGGCAAGAGGGCUUGGAGGCCCGACGUAUGAACAAUGGGCAUGCCCCGCUAGUGCCGGGUUCUGCCAUUGUCAGUCAGGUGAAAUAG